GACGUUCCCCUACACAUUCAUUUUCUUGGUGCAUACACGCGUAGUAUUAUACAUGAAACACAGAAGAAUUAAAAAGACUAUACGAAUAGGUACAUACAUAUCGAAAAUUUACUUUUUAACGCAAAAUAAAUGUGAUUAGUGUUACUUUUCACAUAUGGUUCAGAGCCGACCCCUUCCUUUCUGCCGUGUUGGUCCCUCAGCACCAUUUGCUAGUCACACUUCUUGGGAUGUCAUAGAGUUGACAGAUCUGUGACCAGACUGUUUGGUAUCCACAUUAGUGAUGGCAUACCACCUCCAGGACCCGCGGUUCUCUACGGAGGGACUGACCUUGUAUACUGGAGGCCUGAAUACUAUGGUCAGGAUGGCUGCCCCCACUCAGUCUGUCAACCUUGCCCCACUUCUUACACAUGCACCUAUUCCUACAGCAAACCCACCACAGGGACAACAGGGAACCUCACUUGUAGUACACACGACUUUGUCUAUUCCUUCCCAGCAGCCAGGGCAACUACCACCUCUUCAGGCAGCACCCCAGGACUCCACCGUCAGCUCCGCAGCACCACCUGUGAGGCAGAAACCUCAGAUUCUAGAGAAGAUGAAGCUGCUGAGGGAUUCUGGAAAAUACUGUGACAUAGUCAUAGAUGUAAAAGGGAGACAAUUCAGGGUUCACAAGAAUGUCCUAGCUGCUUGGAGCCCUUACUUUGACUGUCAUUUGUUUGGAGACGGCUACACAUCUCCAGAUCUCAUGAUCGUUAACUAUGAUAACUAUGAAGUCUUUUCAGACUUACUUGAUUUUCUCUAUUCAGGAUGCAUAGCACCAAGGGAAACAAAUUUUCUGCAAUUGCUGCAUCUGGCUGUGAGUUUUCAGAUUGAUCCACUGAGAGGAGAUUGUGAGGAAUACCUUAGAUCCAACCUUCACCUCGGCAAUUUCAUCAGCACUUACUUCCUUUGUCAAAAGUACAGUCUCACAUCCUUAGAAGACUACAUUGCUGGAUUUCUGCAGAUGAACUUAUCAGAUGCUGUAAAGCAAAACGAGUUUUUGUCUCUCCCAGUUGGACGUAUUCAUGCCUUCCUGUCGACAGGCCGCAUGGAGCAAAUCAAACCAGAGGUAAAAUUAUUCUUGAUCAUCAGUUGGGUAGGAUUUGAUGUUCAGGACCGUGAACGGUACCUUGUGAUGCUGUUAAAACACAUAGACUGGUCGACAGUGGCUAGUGAUUUUCUGUUGGAAAUCAGCAGGACGGAGAAUUUCUUCACGACGCAUGAAUCUAGUCUGUAUCUUUUGCUACAGACUUUAUACAGUUCUCAGAUUUCACUAGGUCCCUAUGUUGAACUUUUUCCAGCUCUGCGACAGACAUACUCACACAUUUUGAACAACAUUGUACAGAUCGGUAUCGUCACACCAGAAAUGGAAACUUUCUGUCCUGUCACUGUAAGUGUGUCAUCCAUUUUGAACUCGAAUACGAAACAGGAUGCAGCAGUCAAUACAGAAGUGACUGGGCCAGAUGUAGAAGCAGCCAUGCCAGCACCUAGAAGAAUGAGCAUCACACGAAAUGUUGAUGUAAAUUCUGAUGAAAGUGUUGAGGGCAGUGACCGAGAAGAAGCUGAAGAUUGCAAUGAGCCGAGUUCCGAAUCACCUCCACAACAAAUACCUUGUACUUACAUAGAUGUACAAUCAGGCACCAUGAAAAUGCACAAACGGAAAGGAAUGCCAAAGAAAAUUAAACUUAUUCUACCAGUUCCUCCUAAAAGCAAGCAGCAAACAACAACACAAAAGUCACCAAAAAAACCCACUGAACUAUCCGGUGUCCAAACCAGAAGUGGUAGAUCAAAGAAAAGUGUCCCAGAGCUGGGAGAGGAAAAUGAAGAAGAAAUCAAUGAGGAUGAGAAUGAAGAAGAAAAUAGCUUUGAUCAAACAGAUGAAGAUGAUUUUGAAAAUAAUAUGGAAAUGGAGGAGAACGAUUCUGAAGGAAAUAAAGAUGAUUCAUUCGAUGAUGAAAUGCAAACAAAGACAUAUAAUGCUACUUCAAAGAAGUUUCAAAUUCAUAAAAAAAGAAAAUCCAAUUUUGGAAAUAUGCCUAAAGAAAAAUUGACCAGAUCAUGCGGUAUUUGUGGUUUCACAUGUACAUCGUUGGCAGUCAUGAAGGAUCACAGACUUAAAAUCCAUUUCAAAAAUCUGUACUUUGAAUGUAAAGAAUGUGACUUCCACAGUAGUGUGAAUAGAGAGUACUUAGUACAUAUGAGAAAGCACUAUGAAGGACCACCAUAUCACUGUAAACAAGAAGAAUGUGAUUAUUCUUCUGAUAAGCUGCAACGGGUCAUCACACAUCAGCGUAGCCAUACUGAGGACCGGCCUUACCAAUGUCAGGUCUGCAACAUGAAGCUUAAAUCCAGAAAUAACCUUUUCUCUCAUCUGAAAACUCAUUCAGAAAAUCGUCCAUUUGAGUGUGAUGUGUGCCACUUGAAGUUUCGAACACGGAACACACGAGACACUCACCUUGUGACUCACAGCAAUGAACGCCCGUAUCUCUGCGACUUGUGUGGAUUCUCAACCAAGUUCCAGUCUCAUCUCAUCUCCCACAAGCGAAUUCACACAGGUGAUGUAUUCCAUUGUUCAUUCCCAGACUGUAAAUACACCACACCAAAGAAGAGUCAACUCAAAAAUCAUUAUAGGAAACAUGAAAAUAUACGGACUAAUGUUUGUAAAGUCUGUUUCAAGAGUUUCAAAGAAAAGAGUCACCUAAAUCGACAUGAAAAAAUCCACUCAAAAGAGGCAGAUUUAAAGUGUGAUUUUUGUAGCUACAGUACCCAUCGGUGCGACAAACUCAAAUCCCAUUUUAAAAAACAUCACGGAGAAAAUGCCACAGCUAAAUCGCAGUACAAGAAAAGGAAAACAAAAGAGACUUUAUCCUUAGCAACAAAAUCCGCAGGACGACAAGAGUUUGAUCAUGCCUAUACCAUGCCACUCCCAACCACUUAUAUACACGACCUCCAAGGUAAUGUUCAGGCUAUUCCUGGCCUUUUACCAACCAAUGAAAUGAACAUUGCUUCCAUGUCUCUACCUGUCACCUUGUCCUCUACACUGGACCAGGACGAGGUCACCAUGGAGGACCGACUCAGUAUUGUAAGUGUUGCUGAAGGCGGGAACAUCAGCGUCAACCAAGGACCACCUAUCAUUCACACACACAGACUUUCAGUACAAGAUGCUGAUCACCGAGUCAUCAUGACCGAAUCUGAUCAGCGGUCUCUCCUUUCGGAGACUGACCAGCGAGUGAUCAUGUCCGAAGCUGACCAGCGGCUACUGCUGCAGGAGAGUGACCAUCAAUCCUACAUACAGCCUCAGGUCCAUCUACAAGUAUCCCAGUCGUCAGUCAGUCAACAGGGCCUGGCCUCUCCCACUUCUGGACAGUCACUGCAGGCCCAGGCUGGACAGGAUUAUGGUGGUCUCAGUGCUUUCAUGGCCCUAUUUUAACCCUUUCACCCCUACUGACCAGAUUGGACUUCAAGUAAGGAAUGUAUGGUAGAGUCCAAUAAGUUUCUUAGGGUUCAAAGGGUUAACCAUGCAAGUUCCAACCUUGACAUCACUAGUGGUCUCUGUGUGGUGAUGACCCUACUAUUGGCAUGCUGGACUGUUAAGGAAAUGUAUUCAAGCUCAUUAGCAUAGUCUUUUCCAGCUUUAAAGUAUAUGUAUAUGAUUCACACUUGAAUGACCAAAAAUCAAAGAAAAACCUGUCGGGUUCAACUGAGAUUUUUCUUCAACAUUUCAUCUUGAUGGUUUGAGUAUUUAUGUUUUGUCUACAUUUGCUAUAGAUGGUAAAUGUUUAAAAAAAAAAAAGUGAUAGUAUAUUCAUCACGAUAAAGUCAGGCAGGGCAAUGUGAUGUCAUUCACAGUGUUCAUACCCUAAUUUAUCUCUAUCAUGUCAGCAUUUUCUUGGUCCUUAUACAGUCUUAAGCCUUUUUUUUUUAAACAUGUGAAUUAAAACUUGGAUGUUUCAACAACUUUUCAUGAGCAUACUUGAUAUAGAUGUCUUGACUGGAAAUCAAAAUACCCAAUGCGAGAUCUCUAGAUCCAAGCACAGGGACUUGGCACGAAUUCCCAACCCAUGGUUCAUGAUAUAUAUUUUUAAUCUGUUAUAUGGAUUGUGGGUUGGGAAUUUGUGCAAAGUUCCUGUGGAUCAAAGUAUUAUCCCAUGGUCAAGCGUGUCCGUGGGUGUUCGGAUAUACAUACUGCCAUACAUGGAAUAAAUGAUAGUUUGAUUAAGGAAUAUCUUUGAGCAUAAAUGUUAAUAAACACAGUGGGAUAUACAAUGAAUAUUGGUAAUGUCUCUGAUGUGUAAGUUAUUUAUAUUUAUAAGUUUCUUCCUCCGUCCAUCUUUACUCUAUAUUGAUAUUAACCAGUCACUGAAAUGGGUCACAGUUUAUUUUCCCAUACUAUUUGGGUAAAUACAAAAUCACUUUAUUUAAUGUCAAUAUCUGUCAGCCAAGCAAGCGGGAAACACCUGAUCAACACCUGGCAUUCAUAAACAGUUGUAAACUAAUUUUCAACACCUCUAAAUGAGUUACAGCUUACAUGUAUAAACAUUCAGGUUUUUAUUUUUGUAGACUUUGAAAAAAAAAAAAAAAAAUUGCUGGAAUACUCUACAACUAUUUGUUUUAUAUUUUCAUUGAAAAAUAUAUGGUGUAUUUAAUUAAAUGUGACUUGAAUGUCUUGUUGCUUAGUGAAUCCUGUAUGAAUACACUCUGUAGAGAUACUCUGUUUUAUUAAGUUUAGCAUACCAGGGCCCAGUUGUUCAAAAGGUGAUUAGGCUAAUCACAGUUUAACAAUUUUAAAAUUAUGACACAAUUAUGAGACUAUAACACUUGUCAGUCUCUCCCUACCUGCCUAUUUUAAGGAAUACACACUCGGUUUUUGAAGUAAAGGAGAAAUGAGAUUCUUGUUAAUCAAGUGAUUAUGCUAAUCACCUUUCAAACAACUGGGUCAUGUAUGGAGAGAAAUUUAGAUUUAAUUUAAUUGGAUAAGAUAUAUGUAGCAAACAAGAAAAUGUCAGAUUUGACUGUUGUAUUGUUUUCCAAUUGUAUUCUAUGGACGGAAAUUUGCAUGUUUUAUACUUGUCAACAAGUGUUGAAUUAUCAGUAAUUGUUUAUUGACGACAAUGUUGAAUUGCGAGAUAUCAUAUAUUAAACCAAACAGCUGCCCCAUCCCUUUAAUUUGAUGACCCAUGGCCAGGUCCUCAUCCUCCUGUUUCUGGACUGAGCAUAUCAUCUCUUUAACAUCACAUAUACUUAAGUAUCUGCUUAAACUGUCUGUUAACAUAUUCUAUCAUUCAGCAAAAAACAGUUUUCCUGAUUUGUUUAGUGUCCAGAUUGUCCGAGUUUCCUCUGGCCCUGACACCAGGCGUCCAUCUGUUACAUUGUCUCAAGUUUGGUGUCAGGGACAGAAGAAAUUCAGAUUAAGUGUCCAGGGGCCUCGAAUAAAUUAUGACUAGUUGAUGUCAUCAGCAUUAUACGGUACAUUUGUAUUUACAUUGGUCGGAUUCAUGUUAGCUAAAAGAAUAUCACAUUUCCAUCACCACCUAGAAUGUGUUGAAGCAUAAUGUUUUAUCAUGAAUACCUUAUACUUUGUUGAAGCAAGUUUUUCAAACAUGACAGGUAAAUGUCUUCCAGUAUGUUAAUCUCUAAUAAUAGAUCAUCUAUAUAUAUUUUUUUUUUUUUUUUUUUGCAAAGAUAGCAAAUACCAUUGUACAAGAAUACAUUGUAUAUUGAUUUUUUCAGUAUUGACUAAUUGUUAUUCCAAGUUUGAUGUGAAACCCUUUCGAAAAAUAUUGAGGGUCUAUACAUAUAAAAUAGCAGGUAAAUCAUGUCUGAUUUGCAACAAGUCUAGAGGUUUCAAUACUUGUAUGAAAUAUUUGAAGACUUUUACUCAAUGUGUUUUUUGUCUUUCUUGGAGCAUGGUGAUACAUUUAUUGGAAAAGAACUGUGCAAAAUAUAAAGAACUUAAUUACCUUGUUCGACCUAAAAAGAACACAGUUAGCAUACACAAUGCACAAAAGGCCAAGUGGGUUUGCUUUAUAAUACCAUGUACAGAGAAGUUUCUGUGUGAAAUCUGUGUGGAAAAAAUAAAUGUUUUCAUUCCUUUAUGUAGCGAUACAAUCUGAACAUUUUGUUUAUAGGUAUAUAGAAUGAAGAAUAUAUUGGCAGAUCAGUGAGGUUUGAAACUUUUGAUAUGUUUCAACUAGUGCUACGAUCUUUAAUUAAUAUUCCUGGAAAAAGAU